UGUCCCUGAGUUAGAACAGGAUCAGAGAACCUGGCUCAGUCGGUUUGAGCCAAACCAGCUGAAUGGAUCCGCACAUCUCACUUAUCCUGUGUUUACUCUCAGCACUUGGAUUUUGCUCGUGCCAAAAUGAGUUACUACUGAAUGGACCUCUGAAUGGAACAGUAGGAGGGAGUGUGGAGUUCACCCUCAUUAACCCACCAUCUGCACCACCUUUUAGAAUCAUCUUGAGUUUUAGUGGAAAUAGAGAGGAUAUAAUCUUCACUUCCAUCGGUGGUGUAGAGGAUAUACAUGCUGAUUAUGUUGACAGAAUCUCUGUGGACAAAACCACCGCUUCACUGGAGCUCAGGGGCCUGACUCUGAAUGACACUGGGCUGUAUACUGUGAGAAUCUCCUUCAUCAGUGGUGGUGUAGAAAGCCAGGGAGAAACAUCACUGACGGUGUUUGAGAGAAUCUCUGGUGCUGCCAUUACAAGCACUGAUGGCAUCCUGAUAGCAGGUGAGAGUUCUGUCAUCUUAACCUGCGAUGCCCAGGGCUCCAUCAUCACCAGAGGGUGGAGAAAGGAUGGCAAUCCUCUGUAUGGAGUUAACAUCGAUGAGCUCAACAGAACAGUUUCCAUCAGCCCAGUAAAGAAAGAAGACAAAGGAGACUACACAUGUCAAGUCAGCAACCCUGUCAGCUCUGAGACCGUCUCUAAAGGACUGAUUGUGAACUAUGGACCAGAGAAAGUAAACAUUAUGGGAGAAGGAGCCAUAGAGAUCGGUAGUCCAGUUCAUUUGACCUGUACUGCUGAGUCCGUCCCUGAGAGCACCUACACAUGGGCAUUUAAUGGGACAGAAACAAGUGUGACUGGAGCUUCAUACAGCAAAGAGCCGAGUGAAUAUGAAGACAGUGGAACCUACACCUGCACUGCUUGGAACAGCAUCACCAAACACACAGACAAUGCAGUUUUUAAACUGUCUGUCAAAGCACAGGGGUCCCUUGGUGGAGCAGGUGGAUUGUCAGAUGGGGCUAUAGCCGGAAUAGUAAUAAUGAUCAUCUUAGUGGUUGCAGCUGGGAUUGGAAUUUCCAUCUUUCUAUGGAAGAAAAAAGGGAGUUUGCCUGGAGAUCCUACAAGAAGAGAUGAGGCAGUCUAUGAAAUACCUGACACCCAUACCUACGCAAAUACUAUGAGAAACCCAGAACUACUGGGUGGACCUGCUCAGGUGACACCCAAUUCAGCUGGUAGAAAUCCUCAGCAGGCACUCAGACCAUGCAGCAGAAAAGGUGGUGACUCAACAUCAAGCAUCAACCAACAUCAAGCAGGCUUGGAUGGUCAUGUGUAUGAGACCCCUCUCCCUGCCCACUCAUUUCCUUCUACAGUGAGUACACAAAUGCCUUGCACUUUUGAAAUCAGUUUGUUUUCCUUCUACCGUGAGUACACAAAUGCCUUGCACUUUUGAAAUCAGUUUGUUUUCCUUCUGCAGUGAGUACAGAAAUGCCUUGCACUUUUGAAAUCAGUUUGUUUUCCUUCUGCAGUGAGUACACAAAUGCCUUGCACUUUUGAAAUCAGUUUGUUUUCAUUCUACAGUGAGUACACAAAUGCCUUGCACUUUGAAAUCAGUUUGUUUUCCUUCUACU